AUGUACUCUUCGCUCGCCGCCAUGACCGAUGCGGAUGGGCUCGAUGAUAGUCACUAUCUCUUCGGCGAUGCACACAAUGGUAUUCUAUCGAUGCCGCUGACCCAAGAUGGUGUGAAAGACGAAGACUCUACGGUCAUGCCGGCGGCGCAUGAUAACCUCCACUAUACCGAAUCAACCACAUCGUCCGUGCACCACGGGGAUACACAUGAUAUGUCUGAAUCAAGCGGGAGCCAUAUCAAUGGCAGAGAUGAACGCGAUAGUUCUGCGUCGAGUGGAUAUAUCAACGGUCAUGGCUACGAUGGCACUCACGUCUCCACGUUACAUCUUCACCAUCCCCAUCCGCUUCGAACAUCAGAAACGAGCGAUAGCGCAAUGGACUUCCAUCAUAACAAGAUCACAAAGGUGAAUGGACAAGGCAUGCAUCCACACGUUAGGGGCUCGAUACCGGACACAACUAUGAAUCAAUCCAAGAAUAUCCCACGCACUCCAGUCUCAAUGGCAGCGACCCCUCGAUCCCUUAAUGGAACACCGAAAGCCUCAUCUACCCCUGAGCUUCCUCAGUCACAGGAACGUGACGGUAUGCGUAAAUCACGAACAUAUAGCCCAACCAAAAGCAAGGCUGCUGAGUUCAAAGCAAAUAGCUCUAUUCCGGCCGCGCUCUCUUGGGGGGAGUUCGGAAGGCAAUGCAUACUGGCAGCCGAAAGCUCACGACUCAAUCCUUUUGCCCUUCAUCCCGGAGAAUACCAGCUAUUACGGAACCACGUCACUCACGCGCAAGUUACCAUCUACCUCAAUAUUCGCAAUGCAAUACUUCGCAUAUGGACUAAGAAUCCAAUGGUGUAUGUGAGCUUGGAAGAAGCUGUUGGCUGCGCACGAGAUAAACGUUACUUUAACCUAGCCAAGCUCGCAUACGCAUGGCUCAUGCGGAACGGUUAUAUCAAUUUCGGCUGCAUCGAAGUGCCGAACACUGCUACCAUCGCAUCAAAUACGAAAGUCAAACGAGGUGCAAGGCGGACAAUCGUUGUUGUGGGUGCCGGCAUGUCUGGUCUUGGAUGCGCGCGGCAUCUGGAAGCCCUGUUCGCUCAACUUGGCGAUUUAUGGGUCAAUGAAGGCGAAAGACCUCCGAGAGUCAUUGUACUAGAGGGUCGACCACGCAUUGGGGGUCGCGUGUACUCACAUCCAUUUCUCAACCAAACCGGAUCAACCCUACCACCUGGACAUCGUUGUACUGCUGAGAUGGGCGCGCAGAUUGUCACCGGGUUCGAACACGGUAAUCCGCUGAACGCCAUUAUACGCGGACAGUUAGGAAUACCAUAUCAUGCAUUACGUGACAAUACUAUACUGUACGACUAUGAUGGUACAGUAGUGGAGAGAAGCCAAGACCUGCUGGUGGAGAAGUUAUAUAAUGACGUUUUAGAACGCGCGAGCGUCUAUCGUAACAAACCUGCAACUUUCCGCACGGUCGAAGGCGAUCGGAACCUCAUAUUGUUCGGACGCGAACCGAGCGAUAACGGCGAAGCAACCAUUGCCGAACUCGAACACUCCGACGCGCCCUUACCUGCGCACGCAACGAACACAGCGUCAACGACAGAAGAAAAGCCAUCGACUGGGGUUGAAAAGCUGGCAGGCCGAGCAUAUCAGCUCAGCGCAGGCUUCAACCCGAACAUAUCCGCCACACAAGCUAUCAAGAACAUGGGUUGGUCUGUAAAAGCUGAUACACCAGUCGUCCAGUCUUUGGAACUGGAUUCCAUCGCCAAAGCAUCUGCAUACCCAACACUCGGACAGACGAUGGAUGAGGGUAUCAAACAGUAUCAGAAAGUACUAGAUAUACGACCGAGAGACCUCCGGCUUCUGAAUUGGCAUCAUGCAAACCUAGAAUACGCUAACGCCGCAAGCGUCAACCAGCUGAGCCUCAGUGGAUGGGAUCAGGAUAUCGGGAACGAGUUUGAGGGACAACACACCGAGAUUAUUGGAGGUUAUCAGCAGGUGCCGCGCGGAUUGUGGCAGUGCCCGACCAAACUAGACGUUCGCUUCAAAACGGUGCUAAAAUCUGUGCACUACAAUCUUGACGAAAGGCAGAUUGGCAAAGCUGUGAGGGUCGAAUGCACCAAUGGCGAGAUAUUGGAGGCAGAUCAACUCGUGCUCACAACCCCGCUUGGUGUCUUGAAGUCUGGCUCUAUCACUUUCCAACCUCCGCUGCCGGACUGGAAGCAGGGAGUGAUAGAACGCAUGGGCUUCGGACUCCUCAAUAAGGUUAUUCUAGUAUACGACCAGGCCUUCUGGGAACCCGAUCGCGAUAUGUUUGGUCUAUUGAACGAGGCAGAACACCAGGCAAGUCUCAAUCCAGAAGACUAUGCUCGACGCAGAGGUCGAUAUUACCUUUUCUGGAACUGUAUCAAGACCAGCGGCAAGCCCACAUUGGUCGCUCUCAUGGCCGGAGAAGCAGCUCACUAUGCGGAGGCAACUUCAAACGAUCAACUCGUCAAGGAGGUCACAGAUCGUCUGGACAAGAUGUUCGCUCCCAGCCAUGUACCACUUCCGACUGAGACGAUCGUCACACGCUGGCGCAAGGAUCCUUUUGCUCGCGGGAGUUAUUCGUUCGUAGGACCACAGACACAAGCAGGCGACUAUGAUGUUAUGGCCCGGCCUCAUGGUCCGUUACACUUUGCUGGCGAAGCUACAUGUGGCACACAUCCUGCAACAGUGCACGGCGCGUACUUGUCUGGCUUACGCGCCGCCGCCGAAGUGAUAGAGUCAAUGGUCGGGCCUAUCAAGGUUCCUAGCCCGCUCAUAGAGAAGAAGGCGAAACCCGAACAACCGGUAGGCCAUCCUACGUUGACGACAGAGUCAAAACGCAAAGUCGAGCAAGAAUUGGUCGAACCACAGCCUAGAAAGCAGGAUUCAAAGUACGACGAGGAGUACGAGGCUUCGAUCAUAGGAGAGAUCCUCGAGAAGCUGGGUGAACGCCCCCUCAAGCCCGGACGCGCCGGCGUCAAUCCUUUCCUGCUCUACACGAAGGACUACUGGUACAUCUGUAAGAAAGAAUGCGACGAGAAGAAAAGAGCGGCUACUGGCGAUGCCCACGCGAAAGCUUCGAAGACGGAGAUCCGCACUGCGCUCGGUCUCAGGUGGCGAACAGACAGUGAGGAGAUCAAGAAGCCUUAUUUGGACCAGACACAGAGCGCGAAAGAUGACGCUGCAGCGAAUGCAGCAACAUUCAAGGAUCGGGUAGCUAAAUGGGACGAGGAGGCAGCACGUAUCCGGCGGGACUAUAUCCAAGCCCAUCCUCCAGCAGAUGGCAGCGAAGACACGAUCCUCAACGGCCGCACCGCGAUCGAGCUCGGCGCAGCGAAGCGGCUGCGACGACUAUAG